AUGUGCACAUGUAAAAUAACUUUCUUUUCAGACUCCACCAAGUUAUUCCUGGUUAUAAAACAAGCUACAUUAAAUUUAAUUUUCCCCUCAACGGUUAUUUUUUUAAACGUUAGGUUUAGCUGGCAUUUAGCACCAUAUUAACAAAUACUUUUUCAAGAGCUAGUAUGAACAAGUAAAUAAGUACUAUGAGAGCAAAAUAAAUUUCAAGCAUAUUUAGAGGGUGGUGUGAAGAAUAGCUGUAUAUUGAUUCUGAACAUGCAAGAGAGAGAUGUGAACAUCAACAUGUCUGGUGUCCAGGACAAGGAACAGCCUACAGCGUGUUUCCCAGAGGGCCUGUCAUACUAAAAGUGUAGGGAGGAGCAUACAUAAAGGGCUUGUAAUAUUAGAAAUUACACAUGGAAAACUUUAAAAAAAGAACAAAAUAGUCAGAAAUAAAACUGAGUUUUUAUAUGAUAAGCUUUGAAGACCCAUAACUUAGUUUAAAAUAUUAUUAGCAGUAGUAAGAAAUAUUUUAUUAGCAUGUGGUUUAAAAAAGACAAAAAAGUUUGGCCCCGGUACAUACGCUAACCCAUCUUAUUUUGUCGUUUGAAUGUGUUUUCUUGUUUAGUAUUUCUUUUUUGGUGGUUGGAGAAUGAGGUUGGCUGCAAAGACCUUCUGAACUCUUUACAAAGUAAUCUGUACUUCAGUGUGUUUUUUUGAAGAAAAUAUAUUUGGCACAUAUGGAAAAUAUCAGAAUUUCAAUUCUUAUCAGUGUAGACUUCCUUUCUGGGUUCACUUUUCUUGAAGUAUGAGUCUUUAAAUUACAGCAGAAAGCUAUUACUCAGAAUAAACUGACUGAUCUAUUAACAUAAGCUUAGAUAACCAGGGUUAAGGGGGGAGAAGAGAAGGGGAGUAUCUGGGUUCUCAUAUCCCUUUGUUUUGGCAAAUUAAAAGAUUCAGGGUUUAGUCUCCCUGCGGUUACACUGAGCUCUCUCUGUUAGCAUCAACAUACCUGGGACAAAGAGAUAAGGAAGCACUAGUGUGCACUUCACUAACUCCUCAGCUGGAAGUGGUGUUCUGUCCAGCAAAGCAGCUUGAGCAUAGUGAGCCAGUGCAUCAGCAGGAAGACAAGACUGACACAGCUGGAAUUAGAGAGAAGAGAGAGAUGAGACCAGGGGAGAGGUAACUGGUGCAGAGAAUCAGCACAUGCUGUCAGUCACAGAGGCCUGGUCUACACUAUGACUUUAAUUCAGAUUUAGCAGCGUUAAAUCGAAUUAACCCUGCACCCGUCCACACAACGAAGCCAUUUAAUUCGAAAUAAAGGGCUCUUUAAAUCGAUUUCUGUACUCCACCCCGACGAGCAGAAUAGCGCCAAAAUCGAUUUUGUCAUUUCGAAUUAGGGUUAGUGUGGCCGCAAUUUGAUGGUAUUGGCCUCCGGGAGCUAUCCCACAGUGCACCAUUGUGACCACUCUGGACAGCAAUCUGAACUCGGAUGCACUGGCCAGGUAGACAGGAAAAGCCCCGCGAACAUUUGAAUUUCAUUUCCUGUUUGCCCAGCGUGGAGAGCACAGGUGACCACAGAUAGCUCAUCAGCACAGGUAACCAUGCAGGCCGAUAAUCGAAAAAAGAGCACCAGCAUGGACCGUACGGGAGGUACUGGAUCUGAUCACUAUAUGGGGAGAGGAUUCAGGGCUAGCAGAACUUCGUUCAAAGAGACGAAAUGCCAAAACUUUUGAAAAAAAUCUCCAAGGGCAUGAUGGAGAGAGGCCACAAUAGGGACUCAGAUCAGUGCCGCGUGAAAGUCAAGAAGCUCAGACAAGCCUAUCAAAAAACAAAGGAGGCAAACGGUCGCUCCAGGUCAGAGCCGCGGACAUGCCGCUUCUACAACGAGCUGCAUGCAGUUCUAGGGAGGGCCACCACCACUACCCCCCCACCCCGACCGUGGAUUCCGAGGCGGGGAUAAUCUCAUCAGCUACACCUGAGGAUUCUGCGGAUGGGGAAGAGGAGGAGGAGGAGGACGAACUUGCAGAGAGCACCCAGCACUCCGUUCUCCCCAACAGCCAGGAUCUUUUUCUCAGCCUGACUGAAGUACCCUCCCAACCCAGUAUCCAAGACCACGACCCCAUGGAAGGAACCUCAGCUGCAAAUUCUUCAAGCCUCCCUCCUCCGUCCCGAAGGCUAUCACAGAUAAGGCGUCGGAAAAAGAAGACGCGAGAUGAGAUGUUCGCAGAAAUCAUGGAAUCCACCCGCAGUGACAGAGCUCAUCUGAAUGAGUGGAAGGACACGGUUUCAAAGUAUAGAAAAGAAGCCAGUGAAUGUGAGGACAGGAGGGACCAACGGGAGGAGAGGAGAGACACUCGAGAUGAGAGGUGGCAGCAGGAAGAUCAGAGGAGGCAGGAUGCAAUGCUGGGGCUGCUGCGUGAGCAAACAGAUAUGCUCCGGCGUCUGGUGGAGCUUCAGGAACGGCAGCAGGAUAACAGAGUGCCGCUACAGCCCCUGUAUAACCCUCCUUCCCCCCUCACCAUGUUCCAUAGACUCCUCACCCAAACGUGUAAGAACACGGGGGGGAAGCUCCAUACACCUUCCCAUUCCACCCCAGUGGACAGCCCAAGCAAAAGGCUGUCAUUUUUUUAACCUUUUUUUAGUGGCCUUUUCCUUCCCGCCAAUCCUCCUCCCAAA